AUGUACAGAGAAGUGGUAGAAGGAGAUAAAUUCCUGUCCUUAUCAUCCGAACAAAUUACUAAGUUGAUUGCCAGCGAGGAACUUAAAGUUCCAUCUGAAGAAAAAGUAGAUGAAUUAAAAUUGAUAAUUGUUAUACCUACUUUAGUAUUUGAAAGUGUGAUUCGAUGGGUAAAACAUGAUUUGGAUUCUAGAAAACAAAUUUUGCCCCAAUUAAUGGCACAUGUACGUCUACCAUUAACAUUGAAAAAUUACAUACUAAAACAUGUAGUUACGGAACCUCUUCUUAAUAAUUGUCCUAAAUGUAAAGAUUACGUAAUUGAAGCAUUACAUUUGUAUUUACUUAAGUCAGAUGAGAUUAUCGCCAUGCCAUAUAAUAUCCGGACAAAACAUAGACAGUCUGGUGGUUCUCAUAAAGUUAUUUUAGCUGUUGGUGGAUUAAAUUACAAUGGUAAUUUAUUAGAUAGUACAGAAUGGUAUGACUCAAAAAUCAACAAAUGGCAGACUGGACCAAAAAUGAUUACAACACGUUGCAGUGGUGGUCUAGCUGUAGUAAAAGACAAUUUUGUGUUAUAUAUCGGUGGUUGUAAUCAAUCUAAUUCAUCUCUUCGAUCUGCUGAUCUUAUAGAUUUAUCUUCAGAAUCACUUAGUUGGAAACCAACUACUAACAUGUUAGUUCAACGAAAAUGGUUAGGAGUUGGUGUGAUAAAUAAUUUUGUAUACGCCGUUGGUGGUUAUGAUAAUAAUAGAUGUUUAAAAAGUGCAGAGGUUUUUGACUGCAGAACUCAAGAAUGGCAUAUGGUAGCUAGUAUGUCUACUGAAAGACAUAAUUUUGGGGUUGGAGUAUUGAAUAAUAUUUUAUAUGCGGACAAUUUUUAAUGCGCAAGUUUUACUAAUUCAAAUGU